CCCCCCCCCCACCCACUACCCUUCUCAAGACGACCGAUACAAGCGACGCGUGUUUCUCUCGACCUCCCUCAGAAACACACACUUUAUCCCAUUUACGGCCUGAUCAUGGUCGUUCUCUCGCGAAAUUGAAUCAUGGGGAACUGCAGCUCAGUCUAGUUGAUCGGUCUGACUGUUGGUUUCCUGCUUGUUUUAUCGGCGCAUUUUAUUUGAACGCUUCGGCGUAAUCGACUUUGCGAUUUCUUCCCCGCUCUUUUACCUACUCUGCAGUUCCGUUUCGAGCCAUUGUUAUCAUCAUGCUCGGUCGACUAUUGAAUACUGCAGCGGCCACUCUCAAUCCGACGGCAUACUCCGCGAAGAACCCACAGCCACUGGAAUCGGUCACAGAGGAGGAACAUACAUCGGGCUUGCUUUAUCCUGACGUUAGCCUUCUUCGCCGAUCCAACUCGCACGCGUACCCCCUUCAUACCGCUUUCAAUUCCCCGAAUACCUCGACGGCCGGUGGAUAUGAUGAUCGUGGUGGCGGCGUCGAAUUGGACCACCUGAAGGAUUUCCGUGUGAUAAUCGCCCAGAACGCGCUGGGAGACCGGGAUGCCUGCGUGUUGCUGGAUACCCGGGCCACUCCGCAGGGACAAGGCUCACAUGGUCUGGGCUUGGAGCCACAGGUGUUUGAAAAUACUGGUACCCGCCAUGCCCGCACGCUCUCCACGUUGACUCGCGGCCCGCGGCGGGGUUAUCUGCCUCAGUCAUCGGUUGUGGAAUCAAGCCCGCUGUCUGCGGCCGCAGAGACACGGCGAUCCCCGCCCAUGUCUUCUGGCGCGUUCAUGAGGGCACGGGUUCGUAGCUCUACGCUGGCGCCAGGUGGGAACUUCACCGAAAGUGGCCAUUCCCGGGGCACGACGGAUGCGAAUGACUCCGGGUUGCUGAACUGCAUCUUCGGGAGCAGUGCCUUCAGCUACAAGGGUUCCUCCACCAAGAUGCAUAUCAUUUCCGCCGAUGAUGAACCGAGUCAAACCUCGCCAGCCUCUCCGGCAGCACGUAGCUCUCUAUCACGAGCAUAUACUACAGGAAGUUCCACGACGUUUGGCGGCUCCGAUCGGGGUAAUGAGUCUAAACCACCUGCCAAGGUUACUAUCCUGUUGACAAGGAUGUUCAGUGUGCAUCUGCCCGAAGGCGGAGAUGAUGACUCUCCUCCGGAUAGGCCUGACUUGUCAUCUUCAGUCUCCCACGACGCUCUCCCGAGCCCAGGGUUUCCCUUCCCGGACGUCUCGAAGCGCAAGAAGAUCAAGGAGAAGAAAACCCCCAUGUAUGCGGUCGCUAUCACAAUCCAGAUCCCGCUCUUAUCCCGAAAUGGUGGGCGGCCGGUCUCUCGGUUUGCGCAAGGUCCAGGCUCUCCCAAGCCAGGGCUCUCGUGCUCCUUGGACUCGGACUAUCGUUGGCGUGGAGGCUUCUUCGAGGACAGUCUGUCGCUUGCAUCUCCUCCUGCGAGUUUGGAUGAGCGUAUCGAUCUGUUGGUUGAUCAUUGGGAUAUCAUCAACCGGACGUUGUCCCAUUUGGAGAGGCUGUCUCGGAACGAGAUCCUCUUCUUACUCAAGAAAGUAGACGCCUCGGCAGGGCCGCAUCCGAAGCCGGCCAAGCCUCCGAAUAUGCAGAGGACCAAUCAGACUUUUGUUCAUCUGCCGGUCAAUGUUUUGUCCAUCAAUUCCAAACUUCGCGACGAAGCCAUCCGCAGCACUCGUCGCAUUAGCACGGCUCUGCAGAUGCCUUACGUUGUCACAGGCCAGAGCCGCUGGGGCGUCUGGCGUGAAGAAGGGCGGUCGAUAAUCCGUAGUCUCGGAGACAAAGACCACAGUUUCUUCUUCCUGGUCUUGGUCACUGCCUUUUUGGGGAACCAUACGGAGUGGCUCAAUGCCGUGGGCCCGGAGUGGUACCGUCGGCGGCACUAUCUGCAACAGAAGGCUCAGCAAGACGCUGAUCCGAUACUGGCUAAUCGCACCGUGAUCAUCUCGCCGGAUAAGAUGACUGCCAGAAGACUUAUUUUCUUACUGGCGGCGUUCUUGCCGCCCAAGCAGCGCUUCGAGCCCCUGCCGUCUCCGAUUCGUCCUGGCACUGCGGCGUCGACUCGUGCUGUCUCCCAGAGCCCGCCUAAUGUUCCUAUCUUACGACAGGAGGCGUUGCGGAGAGUGAUGGAACGACGGUCUCGUGCGCAGCGCCUCAACCUUAAUGAAAGAGAGCAGCACCAGCGUUCUGUGAGUGCUUCAUCCAAUGAGACGGCCCAUCGUUCAGCGGAAGAACCCGAGCCGAUGAUUCCGCCUGAUUUUGGUGCGAAGCGCAGGGGCUCAGAUGCUCGCUCGAUCCGAGCCUUAGGGGUUCCUAUCCAUACUAGAGACAUGCGUCCGCGGAAUACGAGUGCAGCCACCACUUCGACCACUACUCCGAGUAGUACCGUUCCCGUCCCGCACUUCGCCUCGCAGAGCCGGUCGGAGCGGAUGGGGUCGGAUCCAAGUGUGACCGAAGGACGUGACAGCCUGGCGUCAGAAACUCUUCUAAAGAAUCUGCGGCGGUCCGAAACCUCGGCAACCUGUGCCAAUGGCCAGAUUCCUCCCGCGAGUGGUCGCUGGGGUACAUUAUUCUCUGGCUUGUGGAGCUCUCGCCAGGAGUCAUCAGACGCUGGUGACGCCCCUGCGCCAUCUGAAGCGCGCAAGCGAUCGGUGUCUGCUUAUACGAACCCACCCAGACGGAACCCUCCGACACUUGCCCAGAUGGUCAAAGAAGCAGCGGAGGAACCCAUGGCGGCGGCACCCAAAGCUAAUACGAGCGGCAAUAUCUCUAUCCCUCCGGCGACAAACAGUCAUAUCUCAUUCGAGGAGGACGCACCGGAUUUGUCGUCGACCACGGACCAGACCAGGGAGUCAUCCUUGAGGAUGGCUGUUCGUGGAGAUGACGGCGUGGUGGAUGUGGACCUGCCGCUCCCAGGGUUCCUGUCGCUUUCGUCGUCUGGGGACUCCACGCUGGCUUCUCCCAAGAAGACCCGCACCUCGGUUACUAGUAUGGAUGCAAUGGCAUCUACACAGAGCAGUGUCUCCGGGUUCCACGGCAGUCUCAAGGACAAUGAUGGACCCAACACCAACGUCGCUGGCUGGCUGCGAACUUUCCAUGACGAUUUCCUCCUGCAGGCUGUGAGACCCUACGCUUCGCUGGAAGCCGAUAUCAAGCGCGCCAUGCAAGCCGAGCCUACACCAAGUCAAGCUCUGUGUCUCAACGCCGAUGGUUCCGAACGAUGGGUGGAUGUUGCGACCACCGUGAUUGCGGAUGUCCGGAAUUUCACAGUGAAGCGACUGCGACUGAGGCGUAAAUUGGUGGGACAUGGGUCGUCGCGCAAGGCGUAUACGUCGUCUUUCCCCUCGCAGCCCGGCACUCCGCGGUACGUGUCCAACGGGUCUGUCUCGGCCUCGCAGCUCACCAGCUUCUUCUCGCACGCCACUGGGUCGAGCAAGACAUCCAACAAUUCCUCCAUGGACGAUUUCUAUCCUACCGAGGUUGAAGAACGGUUCGUGGAAGAGCCCGUGAUGGAUCUGGAUGGCACUCUUGUCGAUGCUCUUGAAAGGGUGCUUGCACAGAGUGGACCGUCGUCCAUGGUGCAUUCGCGCGCGCCGUCGCCAUCCCGUGGUCGUCGCGGGGAGGAUAAGCAGGCAUCGGAUGCCCCAGCGCCCACGCGGGAAGAAAUCCGACCUGUCGAGGUGCCUCGGACUGAGUGUCGCAAGCUGGUUCUCGGGGCGCUGGAAGAGGUGGUGCGCAGUGUGACCGCGGAGCAUUGCCGCGAGGAUGUGGACGGGGAGCUCGGCCUAGCAGAUCGCGAGCGCAAGCGUACGUUGGCCGGGGCGGAUAAUACGCUGCGCGAGGGAGUUCGCAAGUGGCUUCUCGAUGUUGAGGAGGCGUGGUAGGGUUCAUUUUCUGAGUGGAUUCUCUGUUCUGAUGCUUUUGUGUUAACAUGAUACCCAUGUUGAGUAUUUUUCUGCACUCGACCCAGCGUUGAGCAUACAUACAUACCGUACAACAUCAUACAUACAUACAUACAUACAUACAUACAUAUAUGAUAUGACGGCCGUGAAUGAAAGAUGCUCGUGAAGUAUUGUGC